CUUGUUUCAAACUUUAUUCUAAAUCAGCGUAAACCGGCUGCCCCAUUGGCCAUUAUGGUUUCCCUUGGAACUGGUCGAAUGCCUGUGGAACCGAUUGAGACUGUGGACGUUUUUCGGCCACAAUCUCUCAUGGAAACAUUUCGUUCUGCAAUGGGUUUCAGUUCACUGGGUCGAAUCCUUGUACAAGUGGCUACUAUGUCUGAAGGUCCGGUAGUCGAUCGCGCUAGCGCCUGGUGUGCUUCAUUGGGUGUCCCGUUCUUUCGGUUCAGUCCACGUCUAUCGCUUCAUAUCGCGCUGGACACUGUAGAUACGAAAGAAUUGCUACAAAUGGUCUGGGAGACCGAAGCCUACAUUUACAGUGCUCGAGACAGGAUUGAACAGCUUGCCUCUAUGUAA